AUGGCCGCGGUCUUGGACAGACUACGUGGCCCAGAUAUGGAUGAGCAUCUAGAACUUUUCAACAACAUUGAAUGGGCAGCCACUUCUCUAGGACCACUCGAUAGCUGGCCGCAGGAACUCGCAACACAGAUCUUCUUGACUAUGUUGGUGACGAAUCCGCAAUGUCUCCUCCUUGGGAAAGACAGAGUGGUGAUUUACAACCAGGCUUAUGGACGCCUCAUCCGUGACUACCAUCCACGCUACUUUGGACUUCCAUUAAUAAGCUGGGUGGAGUGGCAACCAUAUAUGGAGGGCAUGUUGGCCAUAUACGCCGAAGCAGAGAGCACUGGCCGAGCAUGGGUCACUGAUUCUUAUCCGAUGGUCAUGGCAAGUGGUGGGUUCAAGGAGAAUGUUCAUAUGACGUGCACAGUCAUUUGCCUCCCUCCUCCUUUACACGGUAUUCUUGGUAUCUUUACCGAGACGACAGCGACCGUUACAUCGGAACAAAGAAGCUCGGCUCUAAACGAUUUGACCACAUCCUGGAAAACAUCCUCUGAUCUGGGAACGCUUUGGAACAACAUAUUGACGAGCAUUUCUUCUUACCCGGAGCUAUUUCCAUUCGCCUUUAUCUACUAUGGCAAUUUACCUCCGGAGAACGACAAUCGAUCAGACUCAAGCGGGAACGAUUUGGAAGACUUUGUCUAUACACUAAAAGGAAUCACAGGACACUCGGAAGCGAGCUCGCCACAAGUCCCUCGACAACUCGAUCUUGACGGAGAGCUGGGACCAUUUACACAGUACUUCAAAAGCGCACGAGCCACGAGAACUCCAGUAUUCGUUGCCGAGCCUGACAUACCGAUAGCCUGGCAGGAUGUAGCACGAAGCAGAGGAGUUCGUGAGGCUUGCAGAGGCGCUGUAGUCUGCCCAAGCAGCACUAAUCAGCUAAGCAAAGUGGACGCUUUUCUGGUACUGGGACUAUCCACACGCGAUUCGUACAACGAUUCAUACCGAGAAUGGACCUUCAGGCUACAGAGAGAGUUUGCCGACACCGUUGCAUCCAUCAAUUCGGCGCAAGAGGCAGCAAGGAAGAAGAAAGAAACUGCCAGGCGACUGCGCAUCGAGAAAGAUUUCUUGAACAAGGAACUUGCACUUCGCAAAAGAGAAGCCGAGCUUGCAACCGUAAGAGUCGAGAGGAUUACCAAGAUUGUUGGAUUAGCAGAUGUUGCUUUGUUCGAGCGCGACCUUGAUGGUCGUCUAGUAUUUGCCAACGAUGCAUACUACAGAUUGAUACCUCGGACCACGGACGACGACGGCCCGACUCCCGGAUCGUGCAUUCCUCUCGAGCAUUGGAACUCGUUGCUGCAAGGCGAAUCUCGAUCAUACGAAAUCCAGUGUGCAAAUAAAGAUUGGGCUCUCUGUAGCGCGCAACCAACAAGAAACGAGAAUGGGAAUAUCGAUGCUAUCAUAGGAGUCAUCACAAAUAUUCAGCAUCAGAAAUCCGCAGAGCAAGAGGCGCUCCUCAAACUUGCAGCCUUAGAAAAAGCAGGCCUAGCCGAAAGACGCAUGUAUCGCUUUCUGGAGAUGACCCCGUGUGGUAUCUGUAUAUUGAAAGGAGACCGGCAAGUAUCGUUCGCAACAAAUGAAUGGUUCAAGCUUACUGGACACGAACCUUGCGACCUCGAUCAGAUCAACUGGAACCCCUGUAUCGUUGAAGAAGACCGCGAGUUCGUUCAAAGUCUGUGGGAUAAGCUGACAGUCGAGCUUCAACCAGUCCACGCCCAAUUCAGGGUUCAUCGACCGUGGAUAAAUCCUGAUGGGGAGCAUUGUGGCAAUGCUUGGGUUCUACUCAACGCUAUACCCGAGCUCAAUGAUGACGGCUCUGUUGAUCAAGUCGUCAGCGCGAUCACGGACAUCAGUCAUCUGAAGUAUGCCGAAUCAAUACAAAGAACUCGGGUUGAAGAAGCCGUUGAGAGUAGGAAGCACAUGCUAUCGUUCAUCGACCUUACCAGCCACGAGAUCCGGAACCCACUUGGUGCGAUCGUUCAUUGUGCAGACAGCGCCUUGGAGUCCCUAUCCGACAUCCAGGAGUCGACCCCUGCCUCGACGGAUCAAACUCUACAAGCACAGGAAGGCCUGACAAGAGACCCUCAAAAGCUGACAAAAGCCAUAGAGACUGGUCUUGACGCAGUAGAAACCAUACUUUCAUGUGCUGCCCAUCUCAAGCGUAUAGUGGACGACACUCUGACCCUGAGCAAGCUCGACGCCAACCUCCUCCGCAUCAGCCCAUCUCCCACAAAGUCACUCAGUAUCCUCUCCGAUAUUCGAAGAAUGUCCGAGGUGGAGGCCGGAAGACUGGGAAUAAAUCUCAGCACCAUUGCUGAUCCCUCUUUGAAGACCUCUGGAGCGGAGUGGACGGCCAUCGAUCCAGGAAGAGUUAUGCAGGUGCUGAUCAAUCUGGUGACGAACGCGAUGAAGUUCACGACCAAGCCCAAGGACGAUGGCAGCUCAAGGGACGUGACAGUCCGAAUGGGUGCAUCGAUCAAGCGUCCACUCGAUCUGCAGGUAGACUUUUCGAUCGCACGCGCGUUCCAAGACAGUAUUUAUGACACAGCCGAGUUCUCUGAGCACACGUGCUACCUCUGGUUCACUGUCGAGGACACUGGCAUUGGUAUGAACGAAGAAGAGAAGAACCGGAUAUUCUCACGGUUCGCCCAAGGCUCCGUCAAAACAUAUUCACAGUAUGGAGGCUCAGGUCUGGGCUUGUUUAUCAGCAGAACGCUGGUCGAACUGCAGGGUGGAGAGAUCGGCGUCGCUUCGACAGCUGGCAAGGGCUCCAGAUUUGCUUUCUUCAUCAAGGCACAUAAAAGCGCGCCGCCAUCAACACAAAAUGGAGACACGAUCUCCAGAAUACCGAGCCCAUCAGCACACAUUCUCAAGCCUGGCAAAAUACCAGUCAGCGUGCUGAUCGUAGAAGAUAACGCCGUAAACCAACGUGUUCUUGAGAAACAACUAUCCAAGAAGGGAUAUAUCUGUUACGUUGCGAACCACGGCCAAGACGCGCUAGAUCUCUUGAAAACGACCAAACUCUGGAAGGGCAAUGAGAUUGAUCUUGCCGCACCGAAUAUAGAUGUCGUCCUCAUGGACGUCGAAAUGCCAGUCAUGAACGGUCUCGAAUGCGCAAGACGUAUUCGCGAAUACCAGCGGACAGGCGAGAUGAGAUCAAAUCUACCAAUCAUAGCCGCAUCAGCCAAUGCCCGCGUCGAGCAAAUCGGCAUGGCUAUUGAAGCAGGAAUGGACGAUUCCAUCACGAAGCCAUUCAGGAUACCAGAAUUGACGCCAAAGAUCGAUUCAUUCGCUGCAUGGGCGAGAGCCCAGGGAUGA